AUGUUGAGGUGCGCAUUAACUGGCGAAGUUCCGAAAAUUCCAGUGGUAACACCUCAAGGAAUAGUCUACGACAAGGAUUCUAUUGAACAUCAAAUUCAGAUAUCACCAGUUUGUCCUGUUACAGACAAAAGUUUGACUCUUGCAGAUUUAAUUCCAUUAAAAAUAGACAUGCCAGUCAAUAAAACACAAACAGUUAGAAAUUACUCAUUCGGAGAUUAUCUACUUUCAUUGCAAAAUCAGUGGAAUUCAAAGCAAAAAGAACUUUAUGAAACUCGAAAGAAAUUAGCUCAAUGCGAGCGCGAAUUAGCUCAAGCAUUAUAUGAAACCGAAGCUGCAAAGCGUGUCAUUGCUAGAAUUUUAUCAAAUGAAGGGGAGAGAAUUUAUAUCAAACCUACAACUAAUAUUAGCGCAGAAGAAAACACAUUCUCAAGCUUUAUUAAAAAAGUCUCUUUACAAUCCAUAUCAAAUUUAGCAUUUGAACAAAAUUUCAAAGAACAAUAUUUUCCACCAGCAUUAAACAUUCUCCAAGGAUUCAGCAGUUACAAUUUGUCUCAUUUAACAUCAAUUUUAGGUGGUUCUGCUCAGUUUACUGCUUUAGAUCAAACAAUUGAUAAUAAAUUACUAAUAGGAACAAGUGAGAGUUCAAUUGCAAUAUUUGAUGUUCAUCUGAAAUCAGUUGUACAACAAAUCCAAGUCGGAUCUGCUCCAAUAGUCUCAAUUCAUAAUUCACGCGAUUAUCAUUACUUAGUUUCUGAUUCUGAUGGUGUUAUUUACAUUUACGAAAACUACCAAAAUGAUAAACCAUAUAAAAUCAUCAAAACAGAGAAGAAAAUUGUAAAUUGUUAUUUUCAUCCACAGAUUCAACAUGUUAUUGCUGUUUUUGAUAAUGGUUUCGAAGUUAUACAGAUAAAUAAUAGCGAAGUACUUGUUCACACCGAAAUUCAGCAUGAAAUUACUUUAUCAUCUUUACAUCCAGGCGGAAGAUACCUGGCAACAGCAAAUUCAACAGACAAAUCAAUUAGGAUAUGGGAUUUGUCAGGAAAUAACUUACUAAUCUCUGAAAUUGAAACAGAAAGUGAAAUAUUUAAUCUUAAUUUCAGUUUUAACAUGUUACAUUUGACUGCUUCUACAUCUAAUGGUCUUUUGUUUGUUAUUCCAUCAGGAAAACCAGAAGAUUUGUAUUCUGACUACAAAACAAUUUGUUUUGAGAUUCCUUCGAAAUCCCAUUUUUGGCAUCAGAAUGGUUUGUUGAUUGUCUCUUUCGGAGACACAGAAGGAUUCAUUUUUAUGAUAACUGAUCCACUGGAUGUCCAACUAUCGCAGGCUGUUAAAUUUGGACUGAGAGCACAACCAAGAGCUGCAGUUUUCGGAAAUGGAAGUUAUUUUGUUGCUGCAAUUGGUCCUGAAGAUGAAAUCCAACUUUUUAAUUAA